CGAGCACGUAAUGCUAUAUAAGUAGAUAUGUUCAAAUAACUUCAGUUUUCAACUUUUCAUACAGCUGAUCGACCGAAAGACAACUGCGACGCGUACUAAUUCACAGUCGAAGAUGGGAGGAACUGAAUCAAGUCCAGACAAGGAAACUUUGAAACCGGCAGUGCCGCCUCCAGUUGUAGAUCUGGACAGCAUACUGAAGGAGUGGGCCUGGAAGAAGUACUCAAUCACGGCCAGUGAGGACAGGCUGUCUUACAAAGACGUUGAGUUCAAGGUCAUCUGGGACAGCGUCCACUUCGACACGAGAGACGUCUCUUAUGGGAGCAAAGAGGGCCCUUCGCCGUCACAGACAACGACGGUGUUCCAGUCAGACUACGCCAAUAACACGAACGAAACACAGGAACACAACUUCUCAACCCAGCGGACCACUGAGGCCACCUCCACUACAGACUUGACAAACGGAUUCACUAGAGGAGUGAAGAAUGGCAUCUGCAUUCCUGUUCCACCGGAAGUCACAAAAGUGACUUCCGGUUUUGGAAACGAGGUUAUCGUGGAAAGUGAGAACAGUAAUUCAGUGAAGCACUCAAUAACCUGGACCGCCAAUUCCAACAUACGGGUCCCUCCGAUGUCGAGAACGGUUGCCACGCUACACAUCAAUCAGCAGACAUUUAACUGUAGGUUUACGGCACUCGUGGCCUUCAAAGGUCAGGUCAAGAUCACACUCAGCAGCAUAAGAAGUGGGGCCUUCUUGAUGACAGUUGAGAAUAGGAUUGGACAGAUUGUCAGCGAUAUGUUUGAGGCCUAUGGCUAUGUCUACACUGAUGACGAUACACAAAGCGUUCACACUGAUGGCAGAACCGUGUUUUGGUCAGUCGGGGGCUCUCUCAGUUUCAAAUAUGGCGUGUCACAGAAGGUGGAGGUCUCACACGUCGGCAGUCCCAGAAGAUGAGAUGCACUGGCUCUGCUCGUCUCACAUACAGACCCUGAAACAAAUCCAAUACAGCCCAUGCAAGUGAAAAUGAAGAAAGUCUCUGGGCUCCUUUAUAUUAUAUUUUAUGACUAACAUUAAGCAACUGUUUUCUGUAAAAUAUGAUUAUUUCAGAGACUAGACUAUGGCUCUGCAACAAAUAUUGUAGAUAGAACCCAGAGGCAGUGUCAGUGUGCUUACUUUUAACUGUGGCCAUAUUUUGCUUAUUGUGAAUCUAUUCUGACACAACACUUCACCUCCUUAUGUACGCCGACGUUGUAUCAUUGUGAUAGACAACUUAGGACCAGAGACUAUAUAAAGACUUAUAAACAACAGCAAUUAAACUUGUGUACACGUACGUAUACCACGUUGUUGCUCCUGUCAACACCGAGUACUCCACCUUCUGUUCCCAUGUGUAUUCUUGCCUGAUGAAACGUUUGAAGUCUUGAGAUUGUAGAACAGAAGAGACUUUAUUAACCUGUUGCAACUGUUGUGAGCAAAUAAAAUAUAUGUAUUAUA